UCGAUUCUACUUGUCAUCUAAUUCCUCGACUUUUCAAACCAUGCCAAUCAUGCAGAACGCUCAGCCUUUCUUUCACCAUGUCGCCUUUUAUUUAAGAGAAUGCUCGUUGCGUCCCUCAAUCUCACUUAUCAACACCCGUGCCUUCUCCGCCUGUCCUAUCUGGAAAGAGGCACAAGAAGAUCCUGACUUGCAAAGGCAACACCGCCUUGAGCAGAGGGCCGCACGGAAGCGUCACCUUUACGCGACCAGCCGUGCCGUACGUGAGCAGAGCCAACUUGCACGCCACAAGCAUCACAUGAUGCGCUACCGUGCAGAUCCAGACUACCGUGUCACCAAGAGAGCAAAUGAAAGCGUCCCAGAAGUUCAUACGCUUGUUACACCACCUAAUACUGCGCUGCCACUGGCUAAAUAUCAAAUACGCGAGCCUCACGACCUGGAUUUGGCCUUCUCUAAGUAUGAAAGGACUCAACGAGCUAGACAGUCUUCUGCUGCUGUGCGCAUGCGCUCUGCCUCGCGCCAGUUGAAGAGGCAUAGAGCAAGCAGGGCAUAGUUGCGUGUGCGAGGGUAGUCUGGAGUAGUAUCGCGAAGUACGCUGUUGACAUGCGCCGCGCAUCCGUCGAAGUUGCCGGCAUUAAACAGGUCAAGAGCUUGGUCUAGCUCAUUUGUCCAUUCCAUGGUGAAGACGAUGUAAGUGACAAGGUGGUGUAGGUUGCAAAGUUGGCUGUAUCACAACUGGGAAGGGUAG